AUGGAAUACUCUGAAGUUAUUGAACAACUUGAGAAGAAAAGGGUUACCUUUGAGAAUGAUACGUACGACAAUCCUACACCCCGAGAUGUUAAGCGUUGGAAGACUACAAUGCAUGAUGACGCUUCCCAAUUGUCCAGUGGUCGCAAGAGCAUCCAAUCUCGAGCGCAUAAGCUGUCAAAACGCAUUCAACAAGAGCUUGACGAAGGGGUUUUAUUACUCGUACUUUCCCUGAAACCUCGCGCCGAGUUAGCUAAGAUACAACAACGACCUUUUCUUGAUGCACUUAAGAAAUGGUGGGAACAAGUUAGCCAUCCUCAUGCACUCAAAAUGGUUGCUUCAGAUUGUUUUCAACUACCAUAUACUGAAAGAGCGGUUGAUUUGGGAGUCACUCCAUCAACAUCCAUCGUUCAAAGUGCGGCCGCUGCAUUUGAGGUCGCAAUAUGGGAUGCCGCACGAAGCAUACCUAGCUCGGAAGCCCGAAAGGCGUGGGUCAACAGCGCCUACUCUCAUUUGACUUUGUUAAAGCAACUCAACUACGACACUACGAACAAUGGAGAAAAUGCCAAAGUAGCUAUCAUGGCAGACCUGGAUGUAAUGGAACGAUACGUGGGGAAUCGCCUUUUCAAUGCUGCCCAAGCUAGCCGGAUGAGGAUUGGGGAACAAACCAAGCUCACUAAAGCAUUUUCUCUAUACCUUGCGCGCGACUCUGGUGAGGACUUUGUUUUAGAGAUUUGGAUGUGCUCUAUACAUGGCCUUUCGAUUUUGGAAGAAGAGAGACGUAUGACAUCAGUCGAAGAUUGGAAGACGGUACUGGGAGAGUGCCUCUAUUUAGCAAUGGCGACCAGCAAGUCUAGAAAGAUAGAGGAAGAUAUUGGAAAUCCAACAACUGAGGCUGUAAAGCUGUGUUUUCCAAAUGGGGAUAAUUACGAUAGUAAGUUGGAAGUGAAGAUAAAUUUUGACACAGGUCUUACGAUCUGGAAUGAAGGAUUUCCCUAGUUCCCCCGAACUAAUUUGAAAUUCAUUUUGUUGACAAUCACGCUUCGACCUCUAGGUAAAAGAGCGUCAAUUGUAUCUAUGCGUGCGUUUUGUUGUGUCAUUUCCCUAACACCAACACUUAUUCUACCGUCACCAGCCUUCCAAGACAUAAGUCUGUCGUAAUCGACUGCUUCGAAUAUACGAUAAUCGAUU